AUGGCUCAGAAGACAGCUCUCGUACUCAUUGACGUGUACAAUGACUUUCUCCAUCCCGAUGGCAAAGCAACUGCUGCACUCAACGAUUCUCUAACCAAUUCUGACACAGUUGCCCACAUUCAACAGGCUCUACAAGCUGCCCGCGCUGCUAAAAUCCCUGUUUACUACAGCCUGCAUCAGCAAUAUCACGACGGCAAGUACGCGGGGUUUGAACGCUGGAAUCCGAUGUUGCGCAGUGUUGAGAGCUCCCACUCCUUCGAAGAGGGAACAUUCGGCGCCGAAAUCUACAAGGGUCUCGAACCGGACCCAAAAAGUGGAGAUGUUGUGAUAUCUAAACAUUGGAACCAAAGCUCGUUCAAAAACACCGACCUUGAUUGGCAGCUUCGGCAGCGGAACAUCACCGAUCUCGUAUUUGCUGGGCUCGUUGCAAACACAUGCAUUGAAACCACUGCUCGAAUGGCAAAUGAAGAGGGAUAUAAGGUCACGAUGCUAAAUGAUGCCACCGCUGGCUGGACUAUAGAGUCAAUGAAGGCAGCUGUAGAGCAUAGUUGGCCAUCGUUUGCGCAUGAAGUUAUUUCCACUGGGGAAUGGCAGAAACGACUAGCUUAG